AAGUAGAUUGUUCUUAGCAUGGCGCAAAUGAAUACUUUGCAAUAGUGAUUGCUAGUACUAGUGAAUUUGUAAGAAAUUAAUAAUAUGGAUAUGUAAUUUCCACGUGAGACGUUAUCAUAAAAAAGACUGAGUAAGAUUUUAUUGUGAUGGCGUCAGGUGUGGGAGAACAAGCGCAUGGUAGCGUGGCCUCCCAGUUCUCCAGCAAUGAGAACGACACAGCCUUUGACAUGACCACCAGCGAGAAGGUGGUGGAAUUGUUAAACCAGGCAGCACUCAUCUCUACAGAGGAAAAGCUUAUUGUUCUCAAACAGGUGCAGGAGUUGAUUAUCAACAAGGACCCUUCAUUGCUUGAUAAUUUUCUGGAUGAAAUCAUCGCAUUUCAGACUGAUAAGUCAAUUGAGGUGCGAAAGUUUGUCAUCGGAUUCAUUGAGGAGGCAUGCUACACCUUGUGUGAGGAGGGAAAGUUGGCUCUGGAGCAGUUGUUAAAGUUUAUGGUGCACCCUGCCAUCUCCAGCAUUAAUCUCACCACUGCACUUGGAUCACUGGCUACGCUGGCCAGACAGCGGCCCAUGUUCAUGUCUGAGGUGGUGCAGGCAUAUGAGACGCUACAUGCUAACUUGCCCCCGACUCUGGCUAAGUCUCAAGUGAGCAGUGUGCGCAAGAACCUGAAGCUGCACUUGGUCUCAGUGCUGAAGCACCCCAGCAGCGUGGACUUCCAGGGCCAAAUUUCCACUCUGCUGUUGGACCUUGGUAUGUCUCAGAGCGAGAUCACCCGCUGCACGCCAGCCACGGUACAGCCCCGUAAGAGACUCCACCAUGAGCCCUAUGUCGAGGGCAAGAGGAUCAAGAUGGAGGCCACUCUAGUGGAGGAUGAUGAUGAUAAGGAAGAACCAGCUCCAGUCGUCACCCCAAAACCAUCCUCCUCCGCUGGCACCCAAUCAUCCAUCGACCUCACUGCUGAGUUCCUGUUGCCUCUGCUGAACCCAGAGAAUGUGGCCAACCUGGUGCUCAUCAGUAUGGUUUACCUGCCUGAAGUGAUGCCGGCCUCUUUCCAGGCCACCUACACACCUGUAGAAUCGGCCGGCACUGAUGCUCAGAUCAAACAUUUAGCCAGGCUGAUGGCCACACAGAUGACUGCGGCUGGACUGGGACCAGGGCUGGAGCUGUGUAAGGCUCGAGAUGAAGAGGUGAAGGAGGAAGAUGGCGGAGCGGGUGAGUCCAGCUCCAAAGACCCUCUCAUCAUCCGCAAACUGUCUGCUGUGUCCCUGGUCAGAGCUCCUGGGGCCAGUGGCAGAAAAAAAGUGUUCAAAUUGGCUGACGUGGUGCAGCCUUUCUCAGAGGCUCAGAUCGAGAAACUCGCCAACAUGGCCAUCAAGCGGAUCCUUCAAUCAGAAAAGGCCAUUGCACAGAGUGGGAAGUCCCAUGUCCGUGUGAAGUUGCUUGCACGGUUGGUGACCCAGUUUGAGGAUGGGAAGAAAAAUGACUUGUUGCAGUUUAUUUUGGAGGAUAUGCGGGGCAGAAGUGAGCUGGCCUUUUCUCUGCUGUUCCAUGAGUACAAUGAAUACCUGAGUCAGCAGCCCUCGGGCUCUCUGGACAGCUAUGAGCACUGUCUGUUCACACUGCUGUCCGGCCUGCAGGAGAAACCUGAGCAGAGGGAUGGGCUUUUCACCAAGCUUGUGUUGGAGGCUCCGGUCAUUACAGACUCUGCACUGGAGGUGAUUCAACGCUACUGUGAGGACGAGUCACGUGUUUACCUGGGCAUGUCCACAUUAAAGGAGCUUAUCCUCAAACGCCCCUCCAGACAGUACCAGUACCUCAAUGUCCUUCUGAACCUCAGCUCUCACGAAAAAGAAAAGGUGCGGUCCACUGCUCUCAGCUUCAUCAAGCGCAUGUAUGAGAAGGAACAUCUGAAGGACUGCAUUGAGAAGUUCGCUCUGACCUACAUGCAGUUUCUGGUCCACCCAAACCCACCUUCUCUUCUGUUUGGAGCAGGAGAGGAUACAGAGGUGGCGGCUCCCUGGACAGAGGAGACAGUGCGGCAGUGUCUUUACCUCUAUCUCUCCCUCCUUCCCCUCAACCAUUGUCUGGUGCACGAGCUGGCUGCCGUCUACACCGAGGCCAUCGCCGACAUCAAACGCAGUGUGCUCAGGGUCAUUGAACAGCCUAUAAGAGGAAUGGGAAUGAGCUCUCCUGACCUGCUGCUCCUGGUGGAGGACUGUCCUAAAGGAGCGGAGACGCUGGUCACUCGCUGUCUGCACAUACUCACUGAUAAAGUGCCUCCAUCUCCUGAGCUGGUGGAGAGGGUGAGGGAUCUUUAUCAUAAGCGAGUGCCAGAUGUUCGUUUCCUCAUCCCGGUGAUCAAUGGCCUGGAGAAGGUUUCCACUAACCUGUGUUUUGGGGAGAAGAACGUGUACACCUCUGAGGUGCUGGCUGUGGUGAUGCAGCAGCUGAUGGAGCAGACCCCUCUCCCCAUACUGCUGAUGCGUACGGUCAUCCAGUCCCUCUCUAUGUACCCUCGCCUGGCCGGCUUCGUCAUGAACAUCCUAGCCCGACUCAUUCUCAAACAGGUGUGGAAGUAUCCUAAAGUGUGGGAGGGCUUUGUAAAGUGCUGCCAGCGCACCAAACCCCAGUCCUACAACGUUCUCCUCCAGCUGCCUCCACCACAACUGGCUAGUGUGUUUGAGCGCUGCCCGGAGAUGAGGGAGCCUCUCCUACAGCACGUUCACUCCUUCACCCCUCACCAACAAGCCCACAUUCCAGCAUCUCUUAUAUUCUGUCUAGAAUAUAUUUCUGGCCUCUGCAUCACAUCUGAUCAACACAAAGAUUUUUAG